UGUGGAGCACAGGUAUGUCAUGCAAUAAAGAGGUAGAGCCUGUUGUGUUGGUGUAAUGUUAGGCAGUGGCACAGGUAGUGGUAGACAUGGAUAGCCUUAGGGGUGGUUUACAUCUUAUGUUAGAUUUGUUUGUUUGAAGAGAAAACAAGUGUUGUUUCCAUUAGUAAUGCCAGUAAUGCCUAAACACUCAGAUUUUUAGUAUUAGUUGUCGAGUAUUUGUGUAUCAAUCAGUGCCUCAAGACAUGUAUCGCAGAUCCACUUCUAACCAUAACUUCAAACGCCAUUCUUCCUCAUCAGCCCAACAACACGCCAAAGAACUGUUCCGAAUGAGUCCAACCAAUGGCACGAAUGGCUCGAGUCCUAUGAGUUCUUUGAGCUGUGAAUCGGAUGAUAUGAUUAACGACACCAUCAGUAUUGAAGAAGACGUUAUCAAUUUGACACAAAAAAUCCAGUCAUUACAAGAUCAGGUGAACUACUUGUCUGAGGGACAGAUCAGUAACGAAGACAAGUAUACGCGAGUCAAACAGGAAAACGCAAACCUCAUGACUAAAAUACAUACCUUAGAGGAACAGCUCAGAGAUAUUGAGAUUCAAAACGAAGAGAGGAGUGGAGAAGAAGACAGACGUUAUAAGGAUGUGAUGGCCAGACAUGAGAGGGAGAAAUCUCAAGAAUGUGAACAAUACUUGAAUCGGAUCUAUAAUUUACAACAAGAGUUAGUCGACGCUAAAGACGAGUCACGAAAGUACCAAAAUAUGGUCGAAAGGCUUCAAACCGUCAAAACAGAACUCGAGGAUCAGAUCAAUGACAAGAGUAUUGAAAUCGAUGGCCUGAGGCUUGAAGUGAACAAACUUCGAGAUGUUGUCCGUAAACACGAAGAAGAAGAGAGUGUCAACUCUCGACUCAUAGAAGUAUUAAACCAAGAGUUGGUUGACAUGAAAGCUCCGAAACUGUUUGAAACAAAGCAGCGAACCAUGUCUUCAAGUGAUGACAUCGAUAUGCUAUACAACUCCGAAAUGGAUCGACAGUUAAAAGAACUGAAAGACGAAAACAUAGCCCUUCGAGAGGCCAAUGAAGAGCUGUCGGCACUACUGCUCAACAAUCGGUUAGAAGAGGGCAGAAAUCUUCUCAAAGAGGGAGAAGUGGUCUCAUCCUUGGCCUCAGAGUUAGGAACUUUUAAUUCAGAUCAGUUGAGAACAGCUCUGAAGGAUCAGCAGGAAGUGAAUGUGAAGCUGCGGACAUACAUCGAUGACAUACUCCUCAAUAUUGUCGAAAAUUAUCCGCAACUCUUGGAAGUGAAAAAUAAAUGAUUUAUUAGAAGUUUAGGUAAAUUACGAGAACUUAAUGCUAUGCAUAACGAAUCCGUCCUAACAAUCAAAUUGUGAUUAUAUUUAUAACUGAAAUACAGCCUAACAUUGCGAUUGGGCUUAACUUAUGAACGAAUUUUAUGCUCAUUAUUGACAAACAUAUCAAU